AUGACCAUGCUCCAUGCGAUAAUUCCAAUGCCGUCUGCAGUGACUCGUCGGAAUGUCCUCCCACAUUCACCUGCUUCAACAAGUGCUGUCGACUUAGAAGUGUGUCCAAAUGGCUCCAAAGUUCAGUUCACUUGCACAAACGCCUAUCAGUGUCGAUCUGGCGAAACGUGCCUCUUCGGUGGUUGCUGCCAGCAUGGACGCAAGAAAUCAUUGCACGGCUUGGAAAAGCUAAAGAAGUCAUCACCUGGAACCAAUGAAGAGAUCAGAGAUGUCACUGCAGAUUUACAAGUAAUACAAGACCCCUAUUCAUCGGAUGAGCAGCUGUUCAGUCAUUCAGAAGACUCGAACUCUGCAAGCAUUAAUUCAGUAAAGACAGAGUUACCAGCAAAAACCCCGCCAUCAGUAAAAAAGGUAACCCCAAAAGGCGCUCAAAUGCCAGCAUUCGCACCUACCGACGAGUGUUUGGUGGAUAAUCGAGUCCACUUCUGCAGUCUCAACAAUCCUUGCCCUGAAAUCAGCGAGUGUGUGGAUGGACAGUGCUGCAGAGUGGCAGGGAAACGCUGUCGGAAUGGGCUCCGGCCGUUGAUGCUGCCAACAGUAUGUCGUAAAUCUGAUGACUGUCCCAUCGCGUCUUUCUGUGAGGACAAAUCGUGCUGUCCCCUAGAUAGCAACUUCAUGGAUCAGCCGCUCAAGAAGAAGAUACCAUUCUCUGAAGAGGAAUCGCUUGUGAAGAAGCCGAAGAGUGCUGCCGUUCACGUCGAUUCCAACUCUGCUACAAGAAAGCUGCAAUGCCUCACGAAUCAAGGAUGUCUGCUGGGUGCUUUAUGCCCGGUUGGGUUCACCUGCACACUGGAUGGUCGAUGUUGUCAGUUACCGGUCAGUUGCCCGGAUGGCUCUGCACCUGAGGCCAUGUGUGGAGGCCUGGCGAUGUGCCCAAGUCCAUUGCAUAUCUGCUACGCGAUGGCUGAACGGAUGAACGUUUGCUGUAGGCGAGAAACCGUCCCCACCAUCCCCGUAGUAGGGUCGAUGUGCCCUAUGGGCAGCGUCGAGGGCAACAAGCAAGUGGACUCUUGUGCACAUUCUCAUCGUGUUCCAAUUCAAAUCCGUGCUCCGUGGGAACCUGUAACAAUGGUUACUGCUGCAGUUCCAGUUCAAUGCCCUCAUUUGCAUGUUCCAGCACAGAAACACUUACGCACCGCUAGGUCACUAACCAAAACCAAAAGCAUUCCAAAGGAACUUGAAGAAAACGACUGGCCAGUUGGACCACCUGGUUAUGGGUAUCCCGACCAUCUCGCUCGUCUUGACUCGGUUCUCGUCAAAGCCACUGGAGAUGGCAGUACGUGGUUCCGGUAG